GUGGGAGGAGACUGAGCAGCUAUGAUGGAUGACCGAAGGACCUGGUGGCAGCAAUGGACCGAUAACAAUAUCACACCUUUGAAUGUCACGAGAGAGGCUCUCGAGCCCUACACUGGGCCAGAGGAGCAAGUGCUGAUCAACCGCAGAGACCUCACAAGUCCGAAGGAUGCCUGGGACAUGCACGAGUUCAUCACUCACAUGUUUGCCAAGCAGCUGCUUCGUCACCCAGCCUUCCAGUUGUUGCUGGCCUUGCUGCUGGUGGUCAACGCCAUCACCAUUGCUCUGCGCACCAACUCCUUCCUUGGCCAGAAACACUAUGAGUUGUUCUCUACCAUAGAUGACAUUGUGCUGACUAUCCUUAUCUGUGAGGUUCUCCUUGGCUGGUUAAAUGGCUUCUGGAUUUUCUGGAAGGACGGCUGGAACAUCCUCAACUUCCUUAUCAUCUUCAUCUUGCUCCUGGGGUUCUUCAUUAGUGAACUCGAAGUCAUUGCUAUCACCUAUACCCUCAGGGCGCUUCGUCUGGUGCACGUGUGCAUGGCGGUGGAGCCUCUGGCCCGGAUCAUCCGUGUCAUCCUGCAGUCGGUGCCUGACAUGGCCAAUAUCAUGGCCCUCAUCCUCUUCUUCAUGCUGGUGUUCUCUGUGUUCGGGGUCACUCUCUUCGGUGCGUUUGUGCCCAAGCAUUUCCAGAACAUACAGGUUGCCCUGUACACCCUCUUCAUCUGCAUCACCCAAGAUGGCUGGGUGGACAUCUACAGUGACUUUCAGAUGGAGACUAGAGAGUACACAAUGGAGAUUGGGGGUGCUAUCUAUUUUGCCAUCUUCAUCACCCUCGGUGCCUUCAUUGGCAUCAACCUGUUGGUUGUUGUGGUGACCACCAAUCUGGAGCAAAUGAUGAAGGCAGGCGAGCCUGGGCAACUGCAUCAGAUAACUGACAGCGAGACAAGCAAGGAGGAGGAUAUGGAGAGUAACUUCCUGCCACUGGUGCACUGUGAGGUUGUCCGAUCAGAGAUGUCUGGCCUCCCCCUGGACCCACUUACGGGGAGCAACCUGUCUAACCUCUCAGAAAACACCUAUGACAACUUCUGCCUGGUGCUCGAGGCAAUACAGGAGAACUUGAUGCAGUACAAGGAGAUCCGAGAUGAGCUCAACAUGAUAAUAGAGGAGGUGCGCACCAUCCUCUUCAACCAGGAGCAAGAGAAGGAGCUGAUAAGUAAGCACUUGUCCUUGAGCCUGUCGAUGGAGAGCGGGUCCACAGUGGACAUCUGUGACAUGGCUCACCAGCAAGACCUGAUCACUGCGCUUGUCAACAGGGAAAAGGUUCAGGAAUCCAACUCGACCAUAUUCCUUAACAAAUGCAAGACCAGCCUCUGAGAGGCAGCACGGGAGCCAAGGGACCUGCGCUCACACACCCAGCUGCUGCAUCUUCCUGCAUCUCUAGUGUGACUUGGCACAGUCUGAGCCUAUCCUCUCCCUUACGCCUAGGCAGAUGCCUGUGGCUAUGAAGGGGGUGCAUCUCAGGACUUGUGCCUGUGAACCCCAGGUCCAGAGAAAUUCAGAUGGACAAGGAUGCUGGAUAAGAGAGGGAGCCCCACAGCAAGGAUGAGCACCGAGGGGGGUGCUGGCCAAGGCAGCCUGGGUUUGUCCUUAGGGUAGGCAUCCCUAGUCCCCUGCAUUAGGCCAGAGCUAAAUGGGGCCUAAGGGGGCCUAAGCACCAAGAGGAGAAAGGUGAAGCCAGUGGGACCAGGCAUCUGUGUAUUGACAAUAAAGUUUUGUG